GCCGCUUGUCAUUCUGUCCUGCACCAGCAGGCGGUGCGGCGGUUCAGAAAGCUAGAAGAGAAAGGCUCCGAGGCUCCCGGCCUCGCUCUGUCACAUGCAACCUCUGGACGACAGAGGACCAGGACAGGACGCCUAGAUAGCGGCUCGGUAGACUGAACAGGAACAUGGCGGCGGAGUAACAACAGCAACCCGCGCGCACCCAUGGCGUCCAUAGAUCAAAAGGACCGCACGACAUAACGGAGCAGCAUCACUUAACGGAGAGGUAAUGAGACGAGACCUGAAGGCUGCAGUUUGUUUCUAAGCAACACCAACACAGUAUGCACUGAAACCCACCAUGGGCUACAAGAUUCCUGGAGCAGCGAUGGACAGGGUCAGCCUGCUGUGGCGUCUGAGGCGUCGAGCUCGCCGUGGAGCCGUUUGCAUGACCUUAUUCUGCAUUUCCAUGGCUUUACUUUAUGCACUGUGUGCUGAAAACAGCGUGCCCGUCACAGACGCCAUCUUUGGUGUGAGGGCACGUACCAGGGCCCAGCCUCGUACACACUCUGUCAUCAAGGUGGUGAGAGGCGGAGCGAAAACCCCAAAUGUGGUCCCUCAGAAGCAUUCAAAUGACCCUCACCGCCCAAUCCCUGUGCUGUCAAACCACACCAAUGAAGACUUGGAAUCUCCUCCAAAACGAACAAGCGCAAAAGAAUCCUCUGGCUUUUUCGCCCGCUUGUUGCCACGGCCUUUAACACGAGUGCUGGCGGGCCUAUUCAGCGGACGGCGUAAAGGGGAGCUAAGCGGCAAGUCGGGGGAUGCAGAGUUCUUCGGACCUAAAGGACUAUUAGGAGAAGUGUGGAAUGAGGAAAUGUCCAGCAGCAUGCUUGGAGGCAGGCUGCAGAAGGUGGUGCAAAACUAUCAGGCAAUGAAUAAAUAUGGUGUCAAGGUGUCUGGUUCUGGUGGUACCUCCAAGCGGACAAAGCUUAGUGGCCAUGAGCUGCUCUGUCAGCUAAAAGAGAAGGUACAACUUUCCACUUUGACUCCAGACUUUCAGCCUUUCUCUGCAAUGGCCUGGGCUUCCCUGCUGCUGCCACCACAACAGCUGUCCUCCGACCUCGGCCCAUACAAGAGCUGCGCAGUGGUGUCGUCUGCAGGGUCACUACGCAACUCUGGACUGGGCAAAGAGAUUGACUCUCAUGAUGCUGUGAUACGCUUCAACGCUGCUCCCACCAGUGGCUUCGAGAAAGAUGUUGGCUCCAAAACAACGAUCCGUCUCAUUAACUCACAGGUGAUGGCGAAUGAGGACUUGCGCUUCCUUUCCAGUUCUUUGUACAGCUCAGGUGUUCUGGUGGCCUGGGACCCCUCCCCCUUUUCCUCUGACCUCAGCCAGUGGUACAACCACACAGACUACCCCAUCUUCAGCCAGUACCAGCGAUACAGAAGGCUUCACCCACAGCAGCCUUUCUACAUCCUGCAUCCUCGCUUUGAAUGGCAGCUGUGGCAGAGGAUUCAGGACAACAUGGCUGAACCCAUACAGAAAAACCCGCCCUCCUCUGGCCUGCUUGGCACAGUCCUGAUGAUGUCCCUGUGCGAAGUGGUGCAUGUCUACGAGUUCCUGCCAUCCCGCAGGAAGACGGAGCUCUGUCACUACUACCAGCGUUUCUACGACGCCGCCUGCACGCUCGGUGCUUAUCACCCACUCUUGUACGAGAAAAAUCUGGUCAAACGUAUGAACCAGGGCUCGGAUCAAGAUAUAUACGUCCAUGGACGCGUCACGCUUCCUGGGUUCAGGUCCCUGAACUGUACCACUGGAGUGGUGAGGGAGCGCUGAACGUACACGAUGCAAAGCUGGAACCUGAACCUGCAUGAUGAGUGAGGACAGACGCAUGAAGCCCUUCCAUUUACUGGUUUUCUUUAAAGAAUGUCCUUCAUUGAUCAGAAAUCACUAUUAAAAAAGACUGUAGUGAAAUUUGCACAUGUAAUUGUGCAAGUUAUGUUAUAAAUCUGUAUCAAACAGUACAUUAACACUCUAUACAAUCAAGAUCCCAAAAUUUUAAAAAUACUUGAUAAUACUGAUAUUGGCUCAAGUAGCACGGAUAUUAAAUAACUUUAAAGAGUCAAACAAACAAAAAUCGAUUAACUCUAAAAACAGGUUUUGCUUUUUAAAAUCAUUAGACCGUGUGUCCUUGAGACCAAAAUGACCCACAUUGUCAUAACUAAAUCUGUUACUACUGCAUAA